AUGAGAGUUCGUGCUGGGACUGAAGUCUCUGUUGGAUCAGAUGGGCUUGUGGAAAUGAUUGACACCUUUGACCGAUCUGGUCAUGCCUCUACUGCUUCUACCUUUGCAAGAGCAGGAAAAUAUGCAUGUGGACUGGAGGACAAACCAGGGAGGCGUAUUCCCAAAGCAGGGGUUUAUGCUGAAGCAGGAGUCGGUGAAGCUGGAGCUGAGUGGAGUGUGUUUGAUGCUAAAGGAGCCAGCGUCUCUGCAGGAACCUUGAAAGCCAGAGCCAUGGCCACAGCAGUGAGUGCUAUGGCCACAGCAGAAGUCGCAAGUGCCUCUGCCUCUGCUGGUCCAAUAAAAGCAAAAGUUGGUCUGGCAGUCGAUACUGGGGUUGAAGUUGGUCUGACGAGAGUGGAAGCAAACGUGUUGGGAACUGGUUUCUCCUUAGGUCGUAAGAUGGGGGUUUCUCUUUUUGGCACUGGGGCGUCCAGGAGCGUGUUAACUUGUACUUCCCCGCUCUCCUUGUCCAGCUUCGCUGCUACUCUGAAGCGGUCGAAGCGACGGCACCACAUUGGCCAGUCCUCCGGACGGGAGAAGUCAAAGGGUUCUGGCGGUCCGAACUUUGCCAUAACUCACUCAGUAGGCGUCCUGUCGGCCACUUCUGACACCAUGUCAUGA